AUUGACAUUAGAGGUUUUGGUGGAUGGAGUAAAAAAGCAGAGUGAGUAGAUUCUAAAAGUUUGGUGUAGCUGAGGUAAACCUAGUUAGUGUUAAUUUUGUUUACUCAGAGAAGGUGAAACCUCCACUAAACCCAGAACUAGGAAAUUGAGGUUUUUCAUGUUACGGGGAGUUUCACACAGACAUAUACACAAACACUUGGAGGUACCCUGAGAGAAGGGGAAGAAGAAGAAGAAGAAUUCAACCCCAUUGAUCCAUGACCAUUAUGCUACCAAUCAAACAUGUGACCAAACACCGUCUCAGAUCCAAAUCGUUGGUCUCCUCCAUUAUCAACCCUUGCUCAUCCCAUGCUGCAUGCGCUUCUCUCGCAGCAUCACCUUCUCCAUCAACGCCUUCAACUUCAAAUUCAGUUCUGGUCACGAAAAAAGACGUGGCGUCCUCCUUCAAGACGUGGUUCGCGACGCGAAAGUUCCAGCUGGACCCCCUCGUCAACCGCAUCUACCAACUCCUCACCACCUCCGCCGACGACGACGACUUAUCCGCCGCACUCUCCGCGCUCUCCCUCCCGCUCUCCGAGUGCCUCGUCCUCCGCGUCCUCCGUUACACCGCCACGCACCGCGACAUCCUCUCCUGCCUCAAGUUCUUCGACUGGGCCGGCCGCCAACCGAACUUCCACCACACGCGCAUCACCUUCGUCGCCAUCUUCCACAUCCUCGUGCGUGCCAACCACAAACCCAUCGUCCUCGACUUCCUCGACGCCUUCCGCCGCCGCUCGUUCCUCCACAACGUCCGUUUCCAUGACAUUCUUGUCGUGGGCUAUGCUAUCGCCGGGAAGCCCCAAAACGCGCUCCACGCGUACGCCAAAAUGCGCUUCAUCGGCUUGGACCUCGACUCCUUUGCUUAUCACGUCCUUUUAGGCUCCCUCGUUGAGAAAAACUACCUCAACGCUUUUGACAUCAUUUUGAGGCAAAUUCGCGCCAGGGGUUUCGAGAAUCACGCUACCAAUAUCGUUGUUCUUAAGCAUUUGUGCAAACAGAGAAGGUUGGAGGAGGCUGAGGGUUUUCUCAACGAUUUGAUGUGUCGUGGGGAGGGGUUAAAAGGGCCUGAAGUGAGUUUUUUGGUUGGUGCUCUGUGUGAGAGUUUUAGGUUUGAGCGUGCGGUUGAGUUGGUUAAGCAAUUUGGGAGCUCGGGGUUGGUUCCAUUGGAUCAUGCUUAUGGGGCUUGGGUAAAGGGUCUUGUUCAAGGUGGUAGGGUGGAUGAAGCAUUGGAGUUUUUCUCUCAGAAGAAGGAUUCUGAAGGGUAUUGUAUGUCCACUUUUAGGUAUAAUAUUUUGAUUUAUAGGCUUUUGCGGGAGAAUCGGCUUCAUCAGGUACAUGAUUUGUUGAUGGAUAUGAAUGAAAGUUGCAUUCCCCCUGAUGCGGUUACCAUGAAUGCUGUUUUGUGCUUUUUUUGCAAAGUGGGGAUGGCUGAUGUUGCGCGGGAGUUGUACAAUUCGCGGUCUGAGUUUGGUCUGUCUCUCAAUCACUUGGCAUGCAAGUAUUUGAUACUUACUUUGUGUUGGGAUGGAGGUGUUGUGGAGGCGUACAACGUUCUCAGAAGCUUGGUUGACAAGAGUUAUUUUCCUGAUGCGCAGACACUUCGCACGCUUGGGAGUGCAUUGUGUAGGGAGUGCAAGAUUGAUGAGAUGAAAGAGUUGAUGAAUCUUUCUGUCGGGCGGAAUAUCGUGCCUCCUGCUUCAAUGUAUGAUCAGUUCAUAUCUGCUCUGUGCCAGGCUGGGAGAGUGGAAGAUGGUUAUUUGGUACAUGGGGAACUUAAGACUGUUGCUGCCAGGGCUUCGUAUGUUAAGAUGAUUAAGGGUUUUGUUAAGUUGGGUAGGGGAGAUAUUGCUGCUCGGCUUCUUGUUGAAAUGAAAAUGAAGGGUCAUAAGCUGAACUAUCCAUUGUGUACAGCUGUAAUUUGCUGCUUACUUAACAUGGAUAAUUCAAGAGGGCGCUUUUUCAAUUUACUGGAGAUGCUCACUCGUUGCGAACUUCCUCGUCACGCUUAUAACUUUUUCAUCGAAGGAGCUGGACGUGCCCUGAAGCCUGACUUGUGUAGGGAAGUAUUUGAAUUGAUGCAAAGAAAUGGUGUUGAACCCAACUUGCUCUCUCGUGUUUUUGUGUUGCGAGGUUAUUUGCUCAGUGGGAGACUUUCUGAUGCUCUGAGUUUUUUUAAUGUUGUCCGGAGCCAGGGUUUGGCACGCAAGACGUUGUAUACUACCUUGGUUGUUGGUCUUUGCAAGUCCAAUAGGAUAGACAUGUCACUUGGAUUCUUUUUGAGCAUGCUCAGAGUUGGAUUGAAUCCAAGUCUUGAAUGCUAUGAGCUUCUUGUGCAGAAGCUUUGCUCAUUGCAAAGAUAUCAGGAAGCAAUACGUAUUGUUAAAGCAUAUGAGGAAAUGGGACGCCCAAUUAGUUCUUUUAUCGGCAAUGUACUUCUUCAACAUUCUUUGAUUUCACCAAAACUCUACGAUACAUGCGUUUAUUUAAGAGGAGUGGAAGAGGAGGGAUUUUCUGGUAAUUCAACACUUAACUUGGUGAUUGGUGCAUUUUCUGGUUGUCUCAGAGUGACCCAUUAUAUUUCGGACUUGGAACGAUUAAUAGAGACAUGCUUUCCGCCUGAUAUUUUCACCUACAAUCUGUUGCUUAAAGAAUUAUCCAAGAGUGAUAUGGACAAAGCUCGUUUGUUGUUCGCUCGGAUAUGUCAAAAGGGUUAUGAACCUAAUGGUUGGACGUAUGAUAUCAUGGUACGUGGUUUCUUAAAUCAUGGAAGGAAAGACGAGGCUAAGCGAUGGAGCGAAGAAAUGUUCCGAACAGGACUUUCUUGAUUUGAGGAUAGAAUCUAAUAGAAUAUUCAUUUAAGGACAAUUGGUCUGUGUUCAAUCAAUGUGUUGAAGAUGUAACAUGGUUUACCCAAUUUUGGUAUUGAUUGACAAUGUUACAAAUGAUAAACUGGUCACAUGAAUAAGGGUACUAAGGAUGGAGUGGAACAAUGCCUUCGGUCCUGCACCAGUCGCCAAAGCGAAACGGUUUCUCUUCAGCAGAUUUGUGUUCUGCAUCAUGAAUUGCCAAUGAUAUAUGUUUUCUUGGUGUGAAUUAGAGGUAGGGUAAGGAUUAUUUGUCUGUCACUGCAAAUUGGGGUUGUGUAUGAUACAUUUUUAUUAGCAUUGUCUCAAAUAUAGAAAUAUUAAACAGUGUUUAAUUGAAUUUUGUUUCCCCGAUGCUCGGUCAGAUAAACUAAACUAAUCCAAGGUGUGCUUGUCCAUUGGUUUGUUUUCCGGUGGCCUUCUAAGUUAAAAGUCGUAUUUGCACCUCAUCAUCUGAAAUAGGCCAAUGAGAUUCAAUGAUUAAGUGGAUUUCUUAAGCAUGUGUAUAUCCUAAGAAUGCUGCUGAUCAAUCUGGUGAUAACAGUGGUAUCAAUCUGAAUGCCUUUCUUGAGAAGAAAUAUAGUUCAAUGUCUAUGUCAUAAGAAUCUGCCUCAAUCAAUUAAAAUUUAUGUUGAAUGGUUAUUGUGGAACAUGUUCACUGUGCCUUAAACAAUUGUAAGUUGAAUCAAAAUGUUCUUAAUUGAGUAAUUUAUAUAAUCAGAGUUUGGCAGGUUUUAGUUUUACUGUAUUAGACUCAUAACCAGCAAUUCUGUUUUACUUUAUAAUAUUUCUAUUCCUGAUCCGAUACUUUUUUUUGGUUAUAAUAUUUAUAUCCCCAAUUUAUAGAUGCUUGGUAUAGCAGUGUUUCUCCUACCACAUUUCUCUUUUUGAUAAUUCAACAAUUCGUACCGUGCUUUGUUUCAUAGUGAUGUUUUCGUCUUGCAUAUAAAUAUGACGUGUAUUUUCCGUGAACAGUAUCAAGAUAGGAGACAAAUAGCUUUGAAAUAUUAGUAGCUACUGUUCUUGAGCUUUAAUUUCAUUGGUGUUACUUUUCCUUAGGAUCUGUAGUUACAAGAAUCUUAGAAUUUAUUUGGUUAACACAAGCAGCCCAAAGGACAGCGUAUUGAUUCUCUGAAUAAUGCCUAUCAAAAUUUUGUUGCUGCUGCUGCCAACGUGUUAGAAGCCAAAGAAAAUGCCGGUUCAGUUAAAACAACAGCAACAGACAACUGCUCUUGAGAACUUUAAACAGAAGUGGGUUUUCUUACAUGUUAUUUAUUCUAAUGGAAGUUCCUCAUGUCAAUCGUACUGAUUACCAGCGCAUUGAUAUAUCAGAUGAUGGAUUUGUGAGUCUGCUGACUAAGACCCUGGUACUAAGAAAAUGACCUUAGACUUCCAACCGAUGAAAAUCUGCUUACGCAGAUCAAGGAUGGAUUUGUUGAGGCGAAAGAUCUGGUUGUGUCUGUUAUGUCUGCUAUAGGAGAGGAGCAGAUUUGUGCCCUUAACGACAUUGGUCCCAAGUAAUAGUUCCAUUGUCAGAUUAAUGGUGGAAAGCUGAAGUUAAACUGAGAUGAUAUAGUAUUUAUUUCUCUUGUAUGUGGGUUUGUAUGCUAAAUCAGCCAAAACUUGUGCCAAUCUUACAAUAUGUGGUCAAAAUUGGAUGGCUUUAUCUGGGAAUCCUUGACCUAUAUUUUUGUUGUGUUGGACAUAGAACCAUAAACUGUUAAAUGCUAUGUUUAGAUGCUAUUUGCAAGUUUUUCAAACCCUUUUCUGAAAAAAAAUUCUCAUUAUGAUGUUUCUUAAUUGCAUUGCAUUGUGAAAUAUAUGCUUUGCUUAGGGUGCUAAGAAAGAUGCAAUCCUUGA